CAUGUUGUGACGCUCAAAGCAAGGCUGGGAGUUUUUCAUUUGCUGAUUUGAAAGCAAUUAGGAGGAGGCAUUUCUGUGGCUGCCCAGGAGGCUUUGUGCUGGCUGGGCGUGUGGUCAGCUCAUUUUUUUAGUGGCUACAGCAGGUCAGGUAAUAUGCUGAAAAAUAAGUCCUGGGUGAAUCAGGGCUUUUUGUAUUGCUGUGCUAGGGACAGAUUUUUUUAAAGGUGUCGCAGAACCCAGGGGAUCCAAGCUGUUUGCUCAUCUGCAGCAGGACAAGACUGUGCUUUUGAACGCAUCUGCAAGCCUACAUUGACAAGACACUUGAGGUUCCCUGAAGAGAUAAGUCCUGGCCAGAGGGAAGGUUCAGUGUUGGAAACUCUCAGCUCAGAAAUAAGUAAGCAUUUGAAGAUGACAACCUCAUGGAGCGACCGACUUCAGAAUGCAGCAGAUCUGCCUGCAAACAUGGACGGACAUGCUCUGAAAAAGUACCGCCGGGAAGCCUAUCACCGGGUCUUUGUAAACAGAAGUUUAGCCAUGGAGAAGAUAAAGUGCUUUGGUUUUGAUAUGGACUAUACACUUGCUGUGUAUAAAUCCCCUGAAUACGAAUCUCUUGGAUUUGACCUGACCGUAGAAAGAUUAGUUUCCAUUGGAUACCCUCAUGAGCUGCUCAAUUUUGUGUAUGAUCCUGCAUUCCCUACCAGAGGCCUGGUGUUUGACACCCACUAUGGAAACCUGCUGAAAGUUGAUGCCUAUGGGAACCUCCUAGUAUGUGCACAUGGCUUUAAUUUCCUCAGAGGGCCUGAAACACGGGAACAAUAUCCAAAUAAAUUUAUCCAGAGGGAUGACACAGAUAGAUUUUACAUUUUGAACACGUUAUUCAAUCUACCAGAGACCUACCUGUUGGCUUGCCUGGUGGAUUUCUUUACUAACUGUGACCGAUACACGAGCUGUGAAACAGGGUUUAAGGAUGGAGACCUCUUCAUGUCCUUCAGGAGUAUGUUCCAGGAUGUCAGAGAUGCUGUUGACUGGGUUCAUUACAAGGGAUCACUUAAGGAAAAGACCCUUGAGAAUCUGGAGAAGUAUGUGGUGAAAGAUGGGAAGCUGCCACUGCUGCUCAGCCGCAUGAAUGAAGUGGGGAAGGUGUUUCUCGUCACAAACAGCGACUAUAAAUACACAGAUAAAAUUAUGACUUACUUGUUUGACUUUCCACAUGGACCAAAGCCUGGGAGUGCCCACCGGCCAUGGCAGUCCUACUUCGACCUGAUCCUGGUGGAUGCACGAAAACCCCUCUUCUUUGGGGAAGGCACUGUACUGCGGCAGGUGGACACGGUGACCGGGAAGCUGAAGAUUGGUACUUACACUGGCCCACUGCAGCACGGCAUUGUGUACUCUGGAGGCUCUUCGGACACAGUGUGUGACCUGCUGGGGGCCAAGGGGAAGGAUAUCUUGUACAUCGGAGACCAUAUCUUUGGAGACAUCCUCAAAUCCAAGAAGCGCCAGGGCUGGCGGACCUUCCUGGUGAUCCCCGAGCUGGCGCAGGAGCUGCACGUCUGGACAGACAAAAGCGCCCUUUUUGAAGAGCUGCAGAGUCUGGACAUUUUCUUGGCCGAGCUGUACAAGCAUCUGGACAGUAGCAGCAAUGAACGCCCCGACAUCAGCUCCAUCCAGAGACGCAUUAAGAAAGUGACCCACGACAUGGACAUGUGCUACGGGAUGAUGGGGAGCCUGUUCCGCAGCGGCUCUCGGCAGACGCUGUUUGCCAGCCAGGUGAUGCGCUACGCUGACCUCUAUGCAGCCUCCUUCAUCAACCUCCUCUACUACCCCUUCAGCUACCUCUUCAGAGCCGCCCACGUGCUGAUGCCACACGAGUCCACAGUAGAGCACACGCACGUCGACAUCAAUGAGAAGGAGUCGCCGAUGGCCACACGCAAUCGCACCUCGGUGGAUUUCAAAGAUUCCGACUACAAGCGGCACCAACUGACCCGUUCCAUCAGUGAGAUCAAACCGCCCAACCUCUUCCCCCAGGCACCUCAGGAAAUCACACAUUGCCAUGAUGAAGAUGAUGAUGAGGAAGAGGAAGAGGAGGAAGAAGAGGAAGAAGAGGAAUAAGAAGGAAAGAAACAAGUAUUUCUGAAGAUAAACCGUGACUCUAGCAGUGAUCAGGAAUGGAUUGUUGUUGGGGCCCUUGGGGUGAUGGGUUGGGGGGUGUGAUUCUUGCAAAGGCACAUUUUGAAAGUAUUUGGAAACUUCUAACAAAUUAACACUAAUUAGGAGGAGACCCUUGUUUUCAGUUUUGCAGACGGUUCAAAAAGCUGAUGGAGUCUAACUGGGUGGUGCAUUGAGAUUGGACUGCCCGCCUGUGCUGUCAUGCUACUCCCAUUACAUUUUGGGAUGCUGCAUGUUUCUGCCUUUCCCAUGAUGUGUUUCAUUUGGUUUUCAUUUAA